AUGGCCCCGAAUAUUGGCGGUGGUCUUCAAUCAAGGACCAUCUGGGAGCCAUCAGCAACGAAGUCCAUGACCACUGUUUUGAGAAUCACAGUCACCUCGGCGUCGUCGGUGCCACCACGGCCAAUUGAUCAGAUCACGGACGCGUAUCGUCGUCGAUAUGCAUCUUACCUCGCCUCAACUUUUCACAUCAGCGUCGAGGCGGCGAAUCUCGAGGCGGAUUAUCAGUUGCAGCCUCGUCGCCGAUCUGAGGCCUCUGAAUCCGAAGUCUACAGAGUGUAA